AUGGACGGAUGCUUCUUCUCGAGUUGGAUGGUCGUAUUCAAGGAGAAACUGCUACCAGAAACUGGCAUCACCAAGGUAGCACUUUCUUUUUGGAGAAGAUCUCUUGAAGAUGAGUGGUUUGAUGUAGUUCCUGGA